GUUCCUCGUUCAAAUGUCUGCUGUGUCCGAAUCUAAAAUUGUCGAACCCAGAGUCAACGAAACGGCUCUUAAAGAAGAAAAGAAAUAUGCUUCAUCAGGUUCCUUGAAGGCUUUGGCUGAUGAAGAUUCACAGUCACUGUCAACUGAGGAAAAGGUUGAGGCUACCACUGAAGAGUUGAAGACUUUAAGACAUAUAUCUGGCUCAAUCCCCAUAAGGUGCUGGUUAGUAGCAAUAGUGGAAUUGGCUGAGAGAUUCAGUUAUUAUGGAUUGUCUACACCAUUCCAAAACUAUAUGCAAAACACUCCUUCUGAUUCUCCGGCUGGUGUAUUGAGCUUAGGUAACUCUUCUGCCACUGCUUUAUCAUACUUUUUCCAGUUUUGGUGUUACGUUACACCAAUUUUUGGGGCUUGGAUUGCCGACACCUACUUGGGAAAGUUCAAAUCUAUUAGUGUGUUUUGUGGUAUCUACAUUGUGGGUAUUUUCAUCUUAUUCAUCACCUCCAUACCUUCUGUGGCUGAUAAAAAUACCUCAUUGGGUGGAUUUGUCACUGCAAUUAUCAUCAUCGGCAUUGCAACCGGUGGUGUCAAGUCUAAUGUCUCUCCUUUGAUUGCUGAUCAAGUUCCAAAAGAGAAACCUUACAUCAAGAUUAUGGAGUCGGGAGAAAGAGUGGUAGUUGACCCAGCUUUAACCAUUCAAAAUGUGUUUAUGAUUUUUUAUUUCAUGAUCAACAUCGGCUCCUUGUCGGUUGUGGCUACUACGCAAUUGGAAAAACAUGUGGGAUUUUGGGCUGCUUAUUUGUUACCAUUCUGCUUCUUCUUUCUUGCCGUCAUCGCCUUGGUACUCGGAAGAAACCAAUAUGUGAAAGUUCCUGUAGGUGACAAAAUCAUCGCCAAAUGUUUCAGGAUUCUCUUCAUUGCCUUGAAGAACAGGCUCAACUUUGAAACUGUUAAACCUUCUGUGAAACCAGAAGCCAACUACCCUUGGAGUGACCACUUUGUGGACGAAGUCAGAAGAGCUUUCUUUGCUUGCAAAUUGUUUUGUUUCUAUCCAAUUUACUGGCUUGUUUACGGCCAAAUGACCAACAAUUUUGUGUCCCAAGCUGGUAUGAUGGAAUUGCAUGGUUUACCAAACGAUAUUUUGAGUGUCAUCAACUCCCUUGCUAUUAUUGUGUUUGUGCCACUUUGUGACAGAGUGUUCUACCCAUUAAUCAGAAAGUUCACUCCUUUCAAAUCGAUCACCAGAAUCUUCUUUGGAUUCAUGUGGGCAACUGGUGCCAUGGUAUACGCAGCCGUCUUACAAUACUACGUUUACAAAGCCGGUCCAUGUUAUGACAUGCCAAAGGCCUGUAAUUCCAAGUAUGCUAACACUCCAAACCACAUUCAUAUUGCUCUCCAAACUCCAGCUUAUGUAUUAAUUGGAUUAUCUGAAAUCUUUGCUAACAUCACUGGAUUGGAAUAUGCUUAUACUAAAGCCCCAGUAUCAAUGAAAUCGUUUAUCACUUCCUUAUACUUGUUGACCAAUGCCUUUGGUUCUGCCAUUGGAAUUGCCUUGUCACCAACAUCUAAAAACCCUAAAUUUGUGUGGUCUUAUACUGGGUUAGCCGUUGCCUGUUUUAUUGCUGGAUGUUUGUUUUGGCUUAUCUUCCACCACUACAAUGAUAAAGAAGAAGAAUUAAAUCAAUUAGACUACGACAAAGAUCCAUCCGAAGACUUGAUCCCUGUGGCUUCCAUUUCCCAUUCAUUAAGAAACGUAUGAAGCUCUUUAUGUCAUAUAGAAUAUCUGUACAAGUAAACGUAUCCAAAAAAAAG